UCAAUAUGGCGGUCUCGUUGCUAACAUAAACAACAACUGACUUUCGACCUGGGAAAUGGUCAAACACAAAGUUACAGUGAAGUUUGGACCGUAUAUGUCAUGUGGAAUAGUUGAACAUCGAACUGCGCGUUUGGAGGGGCUUCAAGCGCUCUUGAGAAGUGAGGGACACACAGUAGAAUUUGUCAAAACUCGUGACAGAGAUGACGUUGAACUGGUAGUUCACGGGGAAAUAAUUUAUCGUUGUAAAAUUCAGACGCUUCAGUACGGGGGUGAUGGAAAACUUGAUCCAAUAUGUAAAGAAGCCCUUGCAGCAGUCAACAAAGCCUACUAAAUGAAUCAUUAUCUGAAUUAUAUUUACCUGAUAAGAAGUACUUGACUUUUUACAAAAUUGAUGUUAAUAAUUCAGAAUUAACCCUCUGCCCCCUAAGAGUGGUUAGC